AUGAAGCCUGCCAAAGAGAAAACCUACAAAGGACAUCCAGACUUCCCAAAGAAACCCCUGACUCCCUAUAUCCGCUUCUACAAGGAGAAUUGGCCCGAGUAUUCCCAAACGUUCCCCAAGAUGAGCAACCCGGGGCUGACUAAAGUGCUGUCUGAGAAAUACAAACAGCUGCCAGAACAUGAGAAGCAGAGAUACAAACAAGAGUACCAGAGGGAGAAGCUGGAAUUUAAGGAGAAACUGGCUCAGUUCCACAAAGAUCACCCUCACCUGGCCCAGGAUGCUGGAAAAUCAGCUUUGCUCAAGACGCACCAAGCCAGGGCUUCCCACACGAUUCAGAGAAAUCGGAGAGAAAUGAGGUCACCUCCAAAAUGUGUUGGAUUUUCCAGGAAGAUUCUCUUCCUUGGAGAGCCCAAGAAGCCCCCCAUGAACGCAUACCAUAAAUUCCACCAGGACUUGUUGUCCACUGGAGAGCUGAGAGGUCUGCCCCACAGGCAGCGCAUGGUGGAGAUCAGCAGGCGCUGGCAGCAGGUUCCACAGAGCCAGAGGGAGCACUUCUCCAGGCAGGCCGAGGAGCUGCAAAGGCAGUACAAGGUGAACCUGGACCUUUGGCUGCAGAGUUUGUCCCCAGAGGAAUAUGCCUUAUAUAAGGAAAACAGCUGUGGCAAGGGUAGGAAUAUGCGCAUGACAAGCAGCACAAACCCCAAUGCCAAAGAAGCCACUGUGCAGCCCUCAGCAGCAGCAAAGUGUCUGCAAGAAGCACCUGGAGAGAAGCAGAGGAUGCAGGCUCCAGGCACAGGUCCCUGCGAGCAUCCUGAGACCAGCUCUCACCUCUCUCAGGGAGCAGGAGUGGACAUGAGGGAAGAUGUUGAGGACAUGGACAAUGACUCCUCUGACUCCAGCAGUGAGGACGAAGAUGAGUGUCAAGAUGCUGAGGACUCUUGCUCAGCUCAUCCUCCUUAG